UAAAUAUCUAAGCUAAACAGUAAAAGUGUACAUAAUCGUUAAGAAUUCGUUUAUCAUUAUCUUUUAAUAAAGUUGUCCAUUUGUACUGAGCAAACUCUUUCACAAUGUCAUUAGCAGAUGAACUCCUAGCUGAUUUAGAGGAUGCCGGGGAUGAAGCUGUGGCUAUGGAUGAUGAAAUUGAGGACGUUUUGGAGACUGGAGAGAUGGAACAAGACGUUGAUCAAAGAAGUAUAAGAUUUAUUGCAAAGCUGCUUCAUAGUGAUCAAUUUCAUGAGAUGCUUAUGAAAAUCGAAUUUUUUCAAGAAAAAAGUAUACGAAAGCAAAGUAAGUCUUGGAAUUUUUUUCCUCUAAGCCGAUUAGCUUCUUUUCAAAUUUGUAGUUAUUGGACCUGUGGAAUCUGAUCCAGAAUAUCAGCUCAUUGUAGAAGCUAACAAUAUGACCGUGGAAAUUGAUAAUGAAAUAUCAAUAAUUCAUAAAUAUGUCCGUGAUAUCUACCAUAAGCGAUUUCCUGAAUUGGAGAGUCUCGUUCCCAUUGCUUUAGAUUAUGUGAAGACUGUAAAAGAAUUGGGAAACGAAAUUACAGCUAGUAAAUCAUCUGAAGCGCUUAGUCAAUUACUCACCCAAGCGACAAUUAUGGUUGUUUCCGUUACGGCCAGUACUACUCAGGGUGAACCACUUGACGAAGAAGAGCUACAAAGAAUUAUGGAGGGUUGUGACAUGGCUAUAGAUCUUGUAGAACAUAAGGCUAAUAUAUUAGAGUAUGUCGAAUCACGUAUGAUGCUCAUAGCCCCUAACAUGGCUGCUAUAGUAGGAGCUUCCAUUGCUGCUAAAUUAAUGGGUAUGGCAGGAGGUCUAACUGCUCUGUCAAAAAUGCCAGCCUGUAAUGUUUUACUCGUGGGAGCUCAAAGAAAAACUCUCUCUGGAUUUUCCUCUACAGCAAUCAAUCCACAUACUGGUUUUGUUUUCUUCAGUGAUAUUGUUCAACGGUGUCCUCCAGACUUGCAAAAGAAAGCUGCCAAGCUGGUUUCAGCAAAAUGCACACUUGCGGCUCGAGUUGAUUCUUGUCACGAAUCACCUUCUGGAUCAAUUGGAGAAGACUUUAGAAAAGAUAUUGAAGAAAAAUUAGGCAAAGCUCUCGAACCACCACCAGUUAAGCAAGUCAAACCUUUGCCAGCACCAAUAGAUCCAUCCAGGAAAAAGAGAGGAGGACGACGUUAUCGAAAAAGAAAAGAAAGAUUAGGAAUGACUGAAUUACGAAAGGCAACAAAUCGUAUGAACUUCGGAGAAAUAGAGGAAGAUGCUUACCAAGAGGAUCUCGGAUUUAGUCUUGGAUCUGUUGGUCAAAAUAAAACAGGAAGAAUCAGAGGUCCACCAGUAGAUUCAAAAACUAAGGCAAAAAUCUCAAAAACACUUCAGAAUAAAUUGGCAAAACAAGGAACUAUGAGUACAUGGGGAGGUACUUCAACUGUUAAAAAAGCCGUUGGUGGUACAGCAUCCAGCGUAGCGUUUACACCUUUACAAGGACUGGAAAUUGUCAAUCCACAGGCAGCAGAAAAGAGAAUAGAAGAAGUAAAUGCAAAAUAUUUCUCUGUUACAGCAAAUUUCAAAAAAUAGUUAACAAAAUUUGUUUUUGUUGUUUUAUUAUUACAAAAUUAAUAAAGAUAAUAUGGAAAUUGUUUUAUAA